AUGACUACAGCAGAGACAAUAGCCGGGUUUCCAGUGUGGGCAGAGAAUAGUCUAGGCGUCGCUGUCAAGACUAAAUUGGUUCUUAAUGUCCUGCACUCGCCAGUGUGGGUAGUGAGGCCGCCAGAGCAGCUGGACGUGUAUGAGGGAGCCGAGUUGGUGGUGACUGCCUCUGCUGACGCUAACCCGGGCCCAUUGAGGUACUGGUGGAGACGAGGGGAGGAGACCUUGGAGGCUACGGCAGGAGAGUUAAGACUUGGCAGGAUCUCCAGGAAGUCAACAGGAAACUAUACGGUUAAUGGUUAUAACCCAAGGGGAGCUGUCAACGCCUCCUUUCACCUCAACGUACAGUACGGACCAGAGAACGUACAGUCAGCAGAGAGAGUGACUGUGGGUGAGAGGGGGGCGGCGACUGUCGAGUGUUCUGCCCAUGCCAACCCCACCCCCACACUCACCUGGACCAGAGACUCCCACAACAGCACGACCCAGACUAUCAGCUCGGGCGUGGGCGUGGCCAGGCUGGUGUUAGAGUCGGCCUCGUGGACGGAUACGGGCGUAUAUCUCUGUCACGCCUCCAACCUCGUCUCUUCGGCACCUCCCGUCGUAACCAGUAUAAUAGUCACACAAGCGCCGACGGUAGCCGCGGAGGUCGCCGGGGCGGGUGGCACGUGGGCGGCAGUGGGCGGUGAUGGGCGGCUGGUGUGUCGUGUGAGAGCCGCCCCCGCCCCUACCUUCUCCUGGGCCACUCAGGACGGGGUUGAGAUCCUGGACAGUGAGAAGUAUUAUAUGCUUGAGCCUCAGCUGGUAGACGGACUGGUGUUAUGGGCGGGUGUCUUGGAGGUGAGGAAGGUUGAGAGAAACGAUUAUACCACAUAUGUCUGCAGCGCCACUAACGCCCUCGGCUCAGACACCGCCCAUCUCACCCUCAACCCACCCGCACGCCCACAUCCGCCAUCAAAUUUCACCGUUACAAAUGUUACAGAGGCCACAGUAUCUCUCUCGUGGACACCCAACUUCCAAGCUGGUCUUCCUCGUGGCUACACCCUGAGGUACCGUCCAGCAGGUACCCUUGAAUACCAGCUGAUCGAUAUAUCAGGAGGCAACACAGCCGGGACUACCUUAGGUGGGUUAAGAGCGGGUGUGGACUACUUCUUCAGUAUACAAGCGUCCAACGAUCAAGGCCGCUCACAUUACCUCACUCCACCUCUCCUAGUGACGCUAUUAGCAGGAGCGUCAGGCAGCAGCAGCAGUAGUAGCAGUAGGUGGCGUAUCCCUCGACUGAUUCUGGUGAUCAUGACACUAACUGGUGCUGCCCUUCUGGUGCUUAACGUGGUCAUCAUCGCCUGCUUCGUCAGGAGGAGAUCCCUAGCUCGACACACGUCAGGGUCGUCCUCUCAUAAGACAGUGGCCCUUGAGACUUACUGCAACACCCCGGUCUCCACCCCCGGUCACCACCAUCACCCAGAGGUCCUUCUCUCCCUCAACACCGCCACCAACAACACCAGGACCUCCAACACUGUCGCCUCUUAUAAAGAGGAUCAGCUGACGAGUGUGGAGAGGCGAGGAAGGUCUGACUCGGGAGUGUCCAACAGAGAGGGUCGUCCUGGCGUCACCCGGCUACAGAACGGCGGCGUAAGUAGGAAGAACAGCAACGGCUCCUCCUCUCAGAACGGCGGAGUGAUUGUGAGGAACGCCAGUGGUAACCUGAACGUGGAGAACGACAACGGUGGAGGGACACUGAGGCAGAACGGCGGGGUGCCCUCAGUGACCUCCCCAGCAGCGUGUGUGAACGGCGGCGGAGGGUCCUCUCCAACCACGACGCCCCUGAACGCUAGGAUGGUCCCAGCUCCUCAGGGUCACGUUCACCCCCCGACCAACCCUGAGGUGUGUUCCCUGACCUCCAGCACCUACGACACUCAUGCCUCCGUCAGCCACCACAAGAGGCGUGAUUCAGGUUCCCUCCCAGCCGACGACCAGGUCUCUCUGUCCUCCUACCAGAGUACCCAUUCCCGGACUUACUCCCAGGGGUAUGUCCGCCCUCUACCACCUCCAGGAUGCCCACACCAUCCUGCCACACGAUCACAGCCGCUUUACCCAGGUGCUGUGGGCCGCCCAUACCCCCAACAGGAACAGCAAACGAAGCAGCAGCAGCAAAAACAGCAGCAGCAGCAGCCAGCGGGACCCCCAACCUACAGCAGCUUAAACCCGUCCUCCCUGUACAGCCUCAGCUCUGAGUACUAUGACGCCAGGUGCUCCCAGUCAUCCUUCUCCCCAGGAGCACCUAUGGGGUACUCGACGCUGGGUCCUCGUAGCCGUCGAUCAAACCCAUCCCAGUUUGCCACCCUACAGCGCCCGAGGGCCUCACGAACCCCCGUCCCCUACAACCCUCAGAGUACAGGACACCAGUGCGCCACCCCCGCCCCCCAGCGCCAGGGAGGCGACUGUUGUCAACAGUGUCACCUGAAGAGUAGUGAGGACGACUACCACAGUAUUACCGUCUGUCAAGGUCACCAAGACAUGGCUGACCCUCACCACCUUCACCAACACCUUCGACGCAGCAGUUUCCACGGUCCUCUCCGGCGCGACACUCAGAGACACGACGUUGUGUGUCCCGCCUCACAGCACGGUGCUGUGUCGGCAGGAUACGGUACAACACAGCAUCAGAACAGUAUAUCUCCCCAGUACAGCACGGUGCAGCAUCCUGACGGUGACAACACACCUCACAGCAGCCUGGCACAGGAGUACAACACAACACAGGGCUCCUCACCACCUAACAACAACAGAGGCCAACAGCUUCACCCUCACCGCUGCCACGCCCACAGCACCACCUGUACCUCUCAGACCAACCUCUCAACCCCGCAGGAUGCUCCCCUUCAGGACCUCUCCCCAGCCUGUGCCAGUCCAUCACGCCAGAGGACUGCCUCACUCAGGAGCAGUUCCUUCAGGAGUGGCGGCAGUCAGGAGGACCCGACCUGCUCCUCCACUAACUCUACACGCCAGAAGAACGUCCCCCUCAGAACCAGCUCCUCCUUCAAGAGCAACGCCCUCCCACAGGACUCUUCUCCCUCCUGCGACAGUCCUACACGCCAGAGACAGGCGACUCUGAGAGCAAGUUCCUCGUUUAAGAGUGAUGUUCCUCGGAAGGAUCCCGUAGCUGCUGCCGCUGGUCGUCCUCGGUUCCCUCACGACUAUGUUCGACAAGGAUCAGGCAAGACCAGGUCCUCCUCCACCUCCAAGACAACUACCAACGACGCCGCCGCUGAUAAAGUCAAGUUAACCUCAACCUUCUCUGACCCGUCGUGAAUGUUAUCUCCAACACCAACAACCACAAUAUAUGCUCACUGAGUGGUAUGUUUACAUGUGGUAUACAGAGACAGAAUGUGUAUAAUGACAAUAUUUGGAAGUUUAAAGGAUAAAUAUAUUUCUUUAGAGAGGAAUAUGUCAGGUGUUGCCGCCAUAAUAGACACUGUGAUAGCAAUAAGGUCUCUCAUCCAAUCACAACCUCAGUUUACUCAACGAAUACUUUACAUCCACCAAUCAGGGUCCAGUUUGUCCAAGGUUUGUGUCUUAAUUAUUUCCAUAUUUUAAUGAACUGAGGAAUUUAAUCUACCAGUAAAAGACUAACACACAUUUAUUUGCUAUGAUAAGUUAAGAGGAAAAUAUAGGAUACGAAGUUACUAGAAUCCAUCUUUGUGUGGUAGGUUAAGUGAGUUAGUUAGAUACGUUCUCACAUCACCAGUUAGGAGGAAAACUAAUCACACUUACCCUAUAGAUAACCAAUAAUAUAAUCCCUGCAGUGUUACCAUGAUAGCACUAUAUACAUAUCACUAAUAUAACUCUAAUAUAUAUAUCAUACCUAGAAUUAAACAUACCACAUUAUAGAUAGAACGAUAAGCAUGAAUAUAUUAUAACACGAUAGAGAUAUAUAAUAUAUUACCAAACUGUACACAGCCAUAUAGAUAUAGAGUUUUAUACAUAUUUUGCAGGUAAGUGAUAUAUAUAUGUGGUAUAUUAUAACAUUACACAGAGAAGACAUUUUUAUUAUCACCAAUUCUGUUUUAAUUAUAUUUUUUCAUGAAUUUCGUUUUUAUUUGUGUCUUUCGUUAAACAGAUUUUAUUUUAAUUUGUUUUAACAGUCGAGUGUAUGUUAUCUGAUGACGUAUAUUAGCCAAUAGGAAGCAUGAGUUUAACUACACCCACGACCAAUAGGAAUUAAGAUAUGGAUUAUGUUAUUCUACGCUAUGUUAAUUAUUCUGAAUUUUUAUCAUUUAUUUAUAUUAAAAUUACAUCACUGUUUACCGUGAAGUUAAAAUGUUUGUGUGGUUAAACCUGGUUAAAAAUUAUAUAUCAAGUGUCUUGUCAAUUAUUACAAUCCUGUUAUUGGUAUCGUUAAUUAUGACCGAAAAAUUAACAGUGUGUAAAAUAUUGUAGAUUAGUAAGGUGACCCAGGUAUGAUGUAUGUAUGUAUGUAUGUAUGUAUGUAUGUAUGUAUGUAUGUAUGUAUGUAUUAGUUUUCCGGCUUAUUUUGAACCCAGGGUAAGCUUUGUGUAUUGAUAUUAUGUUUUACUGUUGGAAAUGUGUGUGUGUGUGUGUGUGUGUGUGACCCAGAGUAACACACCAGUCUACCAGUAGGCCUAUAUAGUAUACCAGUAGGCCUAUAUAGUAUACCAGUAGGCCUAUAUAGUCUACCAGUAGGCCUAUAUAGUCUACCAGUAGGCCUAUAUAGUCUACCAGUAGGCC